UUAGCUACACAAUAGAAGACACGACGAAGACGUGGAUACGUAUCUUAAUACUACACCUCUCAUGUGGAAGAACUGAGAAGCUGUCUCCAGUUACGUCUCCGGAGGCCAACAGAGCUGACACAUUAACUUCUGACACCAAGGGCCACCGCUGUUUGUUGUUUGAAAUCGUUCCCAUUAGCUAACACAAGUAUGCCCAGCACAACAGGGAGAAGUGACUUGCCACCCACAAAAAUAAUCGUCGUCUACAGGAACGGAGAUGCCUAUUUUCCCGGCAGGAAAGUAGUUGUGAAUCCGCGGUACGUGCCAUACUUUGACAACUUUUUGACAUCUCUGACCAAAGGGAUUGAAGCACCUUUUGGCGCUGUGAGGAGGCUCUACACCGCCACACAAGGCCACCAAGUUCACCAUCUGGAUGACCUUCAGCACGGGAGUGAGUAUGUCGCGGCCGGAAAUGAGGCGUUCAAGAAACUGAAUUAUUGUGAAAUAGCAGCCAAGAAGCCACAGAAUAAGAAAAAAGAACAGAUCCAACCUGUUGUUCACAGCAGGAUAGUAGUUUCUGCCCGCUGGAAGAGAACUGCUGAUGAGUCUUGCACAAUAAAUGUCUUCACCAACGGAGAAGUGCUGGUUCCUCCGGCUCGAAUACGGAUCCCAAAGUAUACCCUUAGAAGCUGGGAAAACGUUUUAGCUAUGGUGACAGAGAAAGUGCGUCUUCGCACGGGUGCUGUUUUCAGGCUUUGCACAUUAAAUGGACACCCUGUCUCCGGUCCCACUGAACUGGAGAACAACCACUACUAUGUUGCAGUCGGUUCAGAAAAGUUUAAGGCUCUCCCAUAUUACCAGUGUGUCCCCAGGAGGGAUUUGCUUAGGGAAAAUAACAUGACUGAAGGCCAAGGCAUCCUGCCCAGUACCAAAAUCAAAAGAUGUGCAAAGAAUGUGACAAGCUCUGGAGAAGACCUUGAGCACACAGCCAGGGGCCAGACAAAGAAACUCACAGCCAAGGCAGAGAGAACCAAACAACAAGGGCAGGUGUCCAAGAACCCAGUUCUCUUCCCCCCAGUGGAGGGCAGCGUGUUCAAUGCACAAAACAAAAGGAGUGAGAUGGCAGGAGCAGCAGAGGUGCAGGAAGACCGCCAGUUGAAGGUGGAUCUGCCAAUUGAUCAGGUUGAGGCCAAGAUAGUUGAAGAGGAGUAUGAAGAUGGGAAUCGUUGUGCGAGUUCCUGCAAGGCCUCCCUCCGUGAUUCAGAUGACUCGAGUACGCAAAGGUCUUCCACCACAGAUUCCGGGAAAAAUGAGGCUAAAGAGAGGGAGGCGUCUUCCAAGCUCGGCAGAACACGGUCGCAGAUGUCCCUGUUUUUCAAGGGAAGAAAAUUGAAACUUCAACAUUAGUUGUUUAGAUCUGCAUGAGAUUCACUCCAGAGAAUCAUAGAAUACAGUGUCAUACUGCUAAGGACCAGACGUCCUCAUUCUCUUCUGUCUCAAGAAGCCAGCUGCUCAUGUAUAAGAUGAAACAGUGUUAUAAACCAAAUAAAAAUGUCUU